AUGGGCAAAACACGCAUCGCAACCCAGGACGACGUCCCAGCCAUCGCCAAGCUCAUCCAAGACUCGAUCCAAAAAGAUCGUCUCUGGUUGAAAUUCUCCGCUUCAAAAAGUAUACAAGAUGAGGCCUACACCACCGAGAUUGAGUCCCUCCUUGAGGAGCAUAUAAACCCUUCCAUGGAAGAUUGGAUCGUCGAGGUCGUAGAUCUCGGAGAGGCUGAGCCGCACAUUGUGUCGGCUGCCAUCUGGGACGUGAAAGGUGCCCAAGGGCCAGAAGUCGCAAAGCGCGAGCAUAGAACAUAUAUACGAGACCAUCGCCUCCUCAAGUAUAUUCAGAUACUCCGCAGUGCCCAGGACAAGUUCUCGCCACGAUACCCACAUAGCACGUGGCUGCAGCUCCUUGUCACGCACCCGAACCACCAAGGUAGGGGCUACGCGAAAGAUCUCAUAGAUUCCCAAGUAUGCAGGGUGAAGAAAGGAGGCGGCGUGCUUACCACGAUCGGGGGGAGCAAAGCAUAUAUAUUCUUCAGCGGACGGGGAUUCAGCGACUUGGGCCCCGUGGAGGGAUCAGCCGGCGUGGCGGCGGACGCGGAGACGGAGACUAUCAAGGCUCUGUCGCUGGUAAUAAAAAAGGUCGACAAGGGAAAGUCAUUUGUCGACUCGGUAGUUGACUACGUAUUUAAGUAG